AGGGAGGUUUAUGGAUUUGUGUGCGGAAUAAUCCGUGCGCGUGCAGCGAGUCAGUACGCAAGCAGCAGCACCAUCUGUUUCCUCUGAAGCUGUGACUCAAAUUUUUGUCAAGAUCGGCGAAAGACAUCUGCUUAAUGCUGGUCUGGUGGCAUCGGCUCACCCCCCGAAGCUUGUCAACCGCUAGGAUUUCAGAACUGAAGGACCACUCUCACCGUCUGUGAGAGGGGAAGCCGGAGCCCGGAAAUAAUAGAAGGGAGAUAGCCUACUCGGUUUAUGCUGCUUUUAUUCUGAAGACGCGAAUCAAUUGUGUUUUACUCUGAAUGACUGAAUAAUUAAUAGGUUAAACAUUGUAUCAUUUUCGGCGGUCUGAAUCGGCGGGAGAAACCAUAAAGAAAUUAAUGAAUGUGCGGCUUUGCUCGAACCUGGGUACCGUAAGAACUGAAAACCGAGGUUAUGUCUCAAUAUUGAUGAAACGCUUUGAAAACGAAGGGGAUUGUAUGGUUAAAGAUUUUUAUUUGCUCAGUGUUGCUGAGCCUGUCUUGCACUUUUGUUAAUUUGUUUAUUAAUAUUUAUACAGUUAGUCUAAGAGGUUGAUUUCUUCCAUUGUGGAUGUGCGACCGGCUGAAACGCUAAACGAGAUAUUGACCAGCUUUGACUGUGUUGCAUUCAGAAUCACUGUCCCACGGCAAAUACUGUGUGAAGCCUUCCUGCGUGGAAAACGCGUUUUCCUCUACACGCGUAAUUUGUCUGCUGUAAGAGGGCCUGCAAAAUUUUGUCCUUCGCGCCUUGCCGUCGAAAUGGGAGAUAACAUGUCUAAGAGAUUGAAACUGGUGUCGGCUACGGAAGCGGAGAUGGAGGAACGAUCGUUUAUCAACCCUUUCCCGGACUGGGACCAAGGAGUCUUCACAGCAUCCAACUCAGGAACAGACAGUGACUGCAACGACCCGUUUGACGUGAAUGGAAAGAUCGGCGACGCCUUCGAGAAGAAGGUCCAGAACAAGAUCAAGGACCUGCUGCAACAGAUGGAAGAAGGGCUAAAGACAGCUGACCCGCAUGACUUCUCUGCCUACACCGGCUGGACAGGGAUAGCCCUUCUGUACCUGCAGCUGCACCGCGUCACCCGGGACCCGUCCCACCUGCAGCGGGCGCUGGACUACGUGAAGAGGACCCUGCGCAACCUGAGCGGCCGCAGGGUGACCUUCCUGUGCGGGGACGCGGGCCCGCUGGCCGUGGGGGCCGUGGUGCACCACAAGCUGAAGAACGAGGCGGAGUCCCAGGAGUGCCUCACCAAACUCCUACAGCUACAGCGCUCAGUGAUCGCCCCAGACUCGGACAUCCCGGAUGAGCUGUUGUACGGCCGGGCGGGGUACGUCUACGCUCUGCUGUACGUCAACAAGGAGAUUGGCCCCAACACUGUGGACGAGGCCACCAUCUCCAAGGUUGUGACGGCCAUUUUGGAGUCCGGGAAGAACCUGUCCAGGGAGGAGAAGAAGACGGACCGAUGCCCGCUGCUCUACGAGUGGCACAAGAAGCAGUACGUGGGUGCGGCGCACGGCCUGGCGGGCAUCUACUUCAUGCUAAUGCAGCCCGGGGCGGGGGUGAGCCAGGAGGUGCUGACGGAGCUGGUGCGCCCCAGCGUGGACUACGUACGCCACAAAAAGUUCCGCUCCGGGAACUACCCGUCCUCCCUGAGCAACGAGACCGACCGGCUGGUGCACUGGUGCCACGGCGCCCCGGGUGUGGUCCACAUGCUGCUCAUGGCACACAAGAUCUUUAAAGAGGAGAAGUACCUGAAGGACGCGGUGGAGUGCGGCGAGGUGAUCUGGCAGAGGGGUCUGCUCCGCAAGGGCUACGGAAUCUGCCACGGCACGGCGGGGAAUGGCUACGCCUUCCUCUCGCUGUACCAGCUCACCCAGGAGAAGAAGUACCUCUACCGCGCCUGCAAGUUUGCUGAGUGGUGCCUGGACUAUGGGACGCACGGAUGUCGCAUUCCGGACAGACCAUACUCCCUGUUUGAAGGUAUGGCGGGGGCUAUUCACUAUCUCUCCGAAUUGGCCAACCCAGAGAAUUCCCGUUUCCCUGCGUUUGAACUUUGACCUGUGCUUUUUUGCACCGUUGACUCUGUCCAGUCUGACGUGUGAUGGGAGUGCGGAAAGCGGGCGGGGGCCUUCGAUUCGGACGUCAGCAAUGCUUCUGUGACAGCACAGUGCCUCAGCCCCCCUGCUCAGAGCUCCCCGUGGGCAUGGACGCAAAAACAAGCCUUCAGCCUAUAACUCUUUAACACCGUUCCCGAGUCCGCGUUCCUUUCGCUUGCAUCCCACGCGUUAAGCCUUUUUCGCGAGCGUAGAGUACGGAUCUUGUCCCUGCAUGCCUCUGCCAGUGUUUCCGCGGCGUUCCCGUCCCGAGGGGGCCACACCCUCUUCCUGUGUGUGUCCAGCCCCCUCCUCCGUGUUUUUGUGUAACGUUGUCGGCCCCGAGCCCUGUCGAUGUUGUCUUGUCUGUGCAUGGGGAUGGCCAGAAUGUGCCCUUGUGCGGCUGUAGUGAAAUAUAAAUGUCUAACAACAACAAAGAACACUAGAUAAGACAUCUUCAGUGUGUGUUAGUGAUGUGUGUCGUUCUGUUUUACUUUGGUCCGCUGACGAAGGAAUGGAAAGAAAAAUGGGACUGAAUAAAUGCCAUUUCUGGCGCAUUGUUACUUCAAGGGUGUCAUGUUAUGUGGGUGCUGUGCAAUUAAUUUGGCCUCAUUAUGUCGUUAUGUUAAUUAAUAACAGAACUGUAGGGUGAUCGCAAACCACUGCUCUCGAGCUGUCCUCCAUUCUUUUAAAGAGGGGACACCUCAGUAGGGCAUUCACGAGUGCUGUUUGGCAUGUUUUUCCCCUUGUCCAAAGUGACUGAUAAGAAACGUGUGCUGUUAUGCUGGGUGCGAUUUGUCUGAAUGUAAACGCUGUGAAAUCCUCAAAGUGCUUCGAGCACUGCACAACAUACGUUAAUGUAAUAAAAUGUUACCGGAAGAGGAAAAACGAGCAAACAUCUGAGCAUCUGGGUCAGAGAACGUCUUUAUCAGGUCUCCAGGCAUGUGGGUGUGUUCAUGGAGUGCUCAUGCGAAAUAUUAACGUAGAGAAAACUGCUAAUUACAUGUGGCCCGUGUGUGCCUAAUCUCGAGAGCCUUUAAUUCCCCUGCCGAAAAAUCGAGGGCUCGCAUUCGUAAAAGCUUUUAGCAAUGAAAGAAGCGCUGAAGUGCAGAAAGUGCAGAAAAUUUUAAGAACAGUGAGUGGUUUCCUCUUAGGUUUAAGGGUUGGGCUAAAAGUGGUCCAUGAAAGCCUUUUAGGAUAUAAUUAUACUCUUAAAGCACAAGGAAGCGUACCGCAGCUUCAACCACAACCGGGAAUCCCAGUCUUGGAAAUGUCUGCAGCAGGUCACAAAAAAGAUAUUUCCACUUCAGAGUUUUCUUGCAAGGAAAAGUAUUUCAGAGCAGUGCGGUGACAGGGAGCUGUUGAGAAGACACUGAUUAGAUAGGGCAGUUCUGUUUUUUGGCAGGCUUAGCUGGGGACAUCACCUACCACAACAAGUAAAGCCAUCUCUCUGAUAUUAAGAUAUGAGGACUGUAUUAUUUGGCAAAUUGAAAAAGCAGUAACAAUGUGGGACUCCUGCAUGAAAUAAUUGUGCAGGUCUUGGACUAUAAACAGAAUCUGUAUCCUACACUGUAUUGGUGUCAUUGGCCCCAUUUCAUCAAACAGUUUCAGGAAGGUAAGUUUUGAAAGCUGAGUUUCUUAGCUCUGACUUCCCUAUUUCAUGUGCUAGUUACACUCUUGCAGCUGGCACUCUUAGCAGGUGUGCUGGAUGUGAAAGAAGACUGUGUCAAGCUGUGCAGUGGCCUCUUUACUCCCAGUAUAUGUUCCCCUUAGAAUUCAGCUUACUCCUGUUUGCGCUUCCUCUGUCCCCAUGUUCCCCCUCCCUCCACCUGCUCGCCCAGGUUUACUGUAGAGCUAGUAUACACUGUAGCGCCACAAGCUGUCACCUGAAAUAUCUUGUCUAUGGGAACCUCACAUAUUUGUUUUUCACUUUAUUUCAAUGGGGGUUUUCUGCUGAGCAUUGGUUUAAUAUUCAAAUAUGUAAAUACUUUUAGUAAGAUUUCUGUUAUUCAGCAUCUAUUAAUGGUGGCAUUUGACAUUUUGACUGAGCACAUAUGCUACAUGGGUACAUAAAUGAAGUGCACUAGAGGAACAUGUGCCCAGCCUAGGCCAUUAUUAGGAAUAAUCUUGUGUAUUCAUGAACAUCACAUGGCUUUCUGUGCAAACGCAUUAAACACACUCAGUUUUAAGUAUUAGGGCUGUUACGACUUCACUGGAACAUGCUCUUAGGGUCAGUGAGUACAGCCAAAAGCAUAGCUUUUCAGUAAAUAUUUUUAAGAAUACUCUCGGAAUACAGGCCCUGUUGUUCGUUGGAGCAUAGAACAAACCCAGCAAUCAAAAGCACCAAUAAAGCACCCAGCCUAGGUUGUGCAGAGGGACUGCCGGGAAAGUGAUGAAUGCUCGCAGUGCUCGUCUCCCUGCUUCACACAUCGAAUGUGCUUGAUUUGUCACAUGCUACAUCUCGGGCCCGCUCCCUCAAGGGCCCGGGUAGCACUAAUGUAUGUCGCUGUCAUUCUCACCUUCCGCGUCUUUCCGACAUAAUUGGGUUGGUGCAGUGUAGCACCAGAGUGGGCUCAGUGCGACGUUCAGACAGCUUACUGUGCACAAGCCUCUCGUUUCAAUCCUCUCUCGACAGUAGUGAACCAUACCGUCCCCUUUUAUUUUAAGGCAAGGCCACUCCUCUAUUGGACAGAAUUCAAUUAACUGUAGGAUUGUUUGUACUUCUUCAAGUAGGGGACAUUUAUGUGGUCUUCUUUCUUAAUGUUCUUUGCUUGUGUUCUUAAAACCUUCACUGCUAUUUAGCUUUUGUUGGGCCUGGAUAAAGAAAGAAAAUACCUAUUUGCAAUAAUAUUGAGCUAUAUUUGGAUGUGAAUAACAGUGUUUUGGGAUGUGGCAGCAUGUUACCGUGGCAUUCCUUCACCCGAUGAGCCCUCCCCUGUUUUAAAUGAUUAAAGACAUAAGAUGUUCCGUUAUGUAAAAAUGUUGACUUCGCAUAUUCAGUCAAAUACAGCUAGACACCCACAAGGCAUGUCACAUCUUGAGGGAUUAACAGCCUCUGGCUGUAACCAAAGAUUAGUUUUCCCUUUAAAAAAAAAGAGUUCUCUUUAAAAAAAUAAUAAAUGGUGUAGUCUGUAAGUAUAUUCAGUACAAUUCAUCAAGCACAGUGGUUAGGUUUAAUUUAGGCUUUAAGUUUCAAAGGAACCAACGCUCUUAAUGCUAAACCGGUGACAGUAAACAGUAGUGUCUGCAUCUUUCUUCCUUCAUAUGCACUGCAAUCAAUGGCCUCUCUACGUGUCGCAUUAUUUUUCUGAGACUUCUCUGCUAAAUAUAUUCUGUAUUUGAACGAUGUUGAUAAAGAAAGUCACAUUAUAUGUGAGGUGGACAUUGUAUGGUGUAUUUAAAUGUGUCCUGUGAAACUACAAGACAGAACUGUAAGGCAUACAAGUCCUCAUUUUAACUUGAAAUUAAGUUUAACAUAAACUGAUUAAAGGUUUAGGUUUGAGGUUAUAGGGGCAGGUAAGAUAAAACAAUGCAGCCCCGUGGUCUCUUCUUCUUAUCGUGUCCAGUAGCAAAGUAAUCUAUAUAAAGUCCAUCCAUAAGUUCACGCAGUUCUUCCGAACAUUAUUAUAGACUGCUAGGCCAGUCAAGUGGCAAGGUGAGGCCAGCAGAGGGCAUGUCAGGAGGUGGUCCAUGGUUUGUUGGUCUGUCCCACAUUCACAGCUGGUGUCUCCAUUUAAAUGACCCCAUUUUGCUCUGCUGAUCUUGCAUCCUCUGGUGCGUGACCUCAGGCGAUGAAGACACCUCCACUGUCUCCAUGAAGCAUCAGCUCCCGGUGGGUUCUCACUGGCUGGUAGCUCCAUAGAGACGUUUGGGGGCAGGCCCUGGAGUCUCUCCUGCCACAUAGUUGUGCACAUAGUGCUAGCUGUGAUGGAACCUGCUGGCAGCACAUGGUGGAGGAAGGCCUUCCUUGACGGAAGCCUUUGUUCUGCUGGCUGAAGAGGGGCUGUCUAUGGUCGCUGGCUUGGCAGGAUCUCUCUCUUCUGCUUGCUCUCCUCACAUCUGGAGGUGCAAUACCUGCCAGGAUUUAAAGACUGUUCGUAUUGUUUGGUCUAACGCACCCGGUGAUCAUUCUGCAAGUACUGUUGAGGGCAGAGUCAAGCUUGGAGGCGUGUGCUGAUCUCUCCCAUACUGGACAGGCAUACUCUGCAGUAGAGUAGCAAAGGGCUAGUGCAGUAGUCUUCAAUGUCUGAGGAUGAGCACCCCAUGUAGUAGAAGUCAGUUUGCUGAUGUUAUUUCGAAACCACACUUUAGACUUGGUUUUCUCAAUGUGCAUCUUGAAGGACAGAGUUCUAUCCAGGGUGACACCGAGAUACACAGGGAGCUCACAGGACUCUAAAGGAGCUCCAUUCCAGCACACUUUCAAUUGCCAAUUACCUUCAGGGUUCCUUAGGUGAAAUGCGCUGACUUGGGUCUUGGCGGGGUUAGCAUGGAGAUGGUUGGCCUCGUAGUAUGGAGUCAGCUCAUUGAGAGCAUUGGUGAGGCGUUGCUCCACCACUUCAAACUCCUUAUCUUGCGAAGCAAUACCUAGGUCAUCUGCAUAGAUGAACCUUACUGUGUCAUUGCUUCUUGGUUGGUCAUUUGUGUAGAUGUUGAAUAAGCGGGGUACCGGGACACUCCCUUGAGGUAGACCAUCCUUGAGUCUUCGCCAUCUGCUCUUCUUACCACCUAACUCAAGAAAGAACAUCCAGUUUUCCAGCAUGCUCUCGAUCCGUUCUGUCGGGCGGAUGUCUCUCGUUAUGUCCAAGAUCUUCCAAGCACGUAUGGUUGACUGUAUUGUACGCUGCAGACAGGUCAACAAAGACGACGCCUGUCACCAUCCCUAUCUCACAGCCAUCUUCAAUGUGCUGCGUGAGGUUGAGAAAUUGGCUGGUGGUUGACUUUCCAGGUCGGAAGCCUGCCUGUUCAGGGAUGAGGCGUUCAGCAAUAGCUGGUGCAAGACGAAUCAGGAGGCCACAUGGUCAGUGUUUUAAACUGUAACAAGCUAUGCAUAGUUCCAAAGUAGCACUAAUACAUUUAUAAUAGAUUAUUAUUGCUCAGUUGGAUUUGUUACUUGUUACUGUUCUUUCUUCCAGGGACGACUUCUUAAACAUUUAAACCACAUAUUAUCAAACCAGAACUGUAUCAGAUUGUAAUCUGGUUGUUG